CCGCCAACUUGGCUCAGUUGUGCCCCAACCCUCGGCGUGAGUGGAUGUGCGUGUCUCUUGGUUGCGUCUUGUCCCCUGCGGCACGCCGUCAUACACUCGAGUGUGUCUUGUGGACUCCACACACGAGGACGAGUGUUUAGUGGAAUACAAUUACCUGAUAGUUUUCGGGUGAUCGAUGUGCACAUGCAGAAAUAAAUAAGAAAAUUGUGUUAAAAAUGUUUUGGGAGCUGUAGAAGUGAUUUUUAACUGGCCUGUGUUUUGCGGCAAUAGUAAUUAUUAUUACAUGUGAUAUACUUGACACCUUGGGAAGUAACUUGGUCCAGAGGCCCUCAAACUGGGAAAUAACUUCGCCCCGAGGCCCUCACACUGGGAAGUAGUUACCAGUAAGACAUUUGACCCACUCGGGUGGUUUAAUGCUGAUAUCGAGACAUUUCAAGAUUUGUCUACAAGAAAGGCGGUGAUGGUGGGGAGGUGAGGGAGGCGUGCCGCCCGUGACCCCCACAACCAGCAGCAGCAGCAGCAGGAUGACGUCUCACAGCAGCAGAAGGCGGUGGAGAAGCAGCAGCAGUUACACACUGUUGGUGCUGGUGAUGUUGGUGCUGCAGAGCUCGGCCUCCACCGCGGCCAGGAACGAGGAAUACGACUACGAUGUUGGAGAAGGGGGUCGGCCGGGCGUGGAGGUGGUGGAGACGGCGGCCAGCGAGCACAGCUUCCACCGGGAGCGGAGGGUGGUGGUGGGUGGUCGAGUCAGCUUGAAGUGUCGACCAGACGACAUCCAGGAGGGCUCCCUCGACUUCGGCUCCUGGUACUUCAACGACGUCCCGCUCGACCAGCUCCAGAACCCGCGCCUCAAAGUCGUGGAUACCAGGAACAGAUUGUGGCCCCGUAUACGGGUGAAGGCAGCCAAGAUGGAAGAUGAAGGGCUGUACUCCUGCAAGUGGAGCAGCACAGGGUAUCUGCAUGGUUGGGUAAACUACACGCUUAUUGUGGAAGAGGACACUCCCACGCCUACCCUACCCCAGGCUUUAUAUGCUGAUAGCAAAGUGCUGGAGAUGGAGCAGGGAGAGUACCCUGCAGACUCUGCUCCUGUCUUCACCAAAGAUCUCAACUCUCUCAUGAUGAAGCCAGCUGGUAAUGUUGCUGACCUUAGGUGUCAAGCUCGUGGCCCCAAUCUCAAUACGACCUGGUUAAAAAAUGGUGAGAAGCCUGUGCGACAGUUGGGUAUUGUGCGGAUCAAGGGACCCUUACUCAAAAUGGAGAACCUUGUACCAACAGAUUCUGGAAAUUACACGUGCUUUGUCUCCAACAGCCAUGGAACCAUCAACCACACUUAUGUUUUAGAAGUUAUUGAACACAUCCCUUCAAGGCCAAUCUUCACCAAGCACCUGGAAAAUGUGACUGUAGUUCGAGGCGGUACGGUGCGCUUUGAGGUGGACAUCUGGACAGAAAAUACUCUAAUUCCUUAUAUUGUGUGGAGAAAAGAUUUGCCUUUCUCUUGGUCAGACUCUGAUUCUCGAGAUUCCUCUGAAAUCAUAAUAGAUAUGGAAAUUCUUUUGGCUGCGAUAAAAGGCCAGGAAGGUGGAAAUAUAACAAGCACAGAGGAUCCUCAAGUGUUGGUGCUGACCAAUGUAACAGAGAAAGAUGCUGGCUGGUAUACCUGCAUUGCUGCAAACAGCCUUGGAACUUCCUCAUCAACAGCCUACCUAAAUGUUACCGAUGCGGAGCCAAUCCUUGCAGAUGCCGAGUCUCACACUAUUCUCGUUCUCGGAGUAGUUUUACUUUCUGUUAUGGUAAUUGCUAGCAUCAUGGCUUCCUUUGUCUGGAAGAAAUGGCAAAAUGAAAAGCGACGCGCCAAAGAGCUGGAACGUGCCAAGGAGGCUAUUUCACAGCAGUGGAUCAAAAAGGUUAUUGUAGAACGUCAGAACUCGGAUGCUUCACAGGAACCUCUUCUUGUUCCCACAAUAAAAAUUGAACGUUGUCAGUCUACAUCACGUCUAGGCUCCGAAAUGACAAGCAUAUCAGAAUAUGAAUUACCUUUGGAUGCACCUUGGGAGUUACCACGCUCAAGAUUGUUAAUGGGAGAGUCUCUGGGAGAAGGUGCCUUUGGAAAAGUUGUGAGAGCUGAAGUCCAAGGUUUUCUCAGACCAGAUAUGAAUACAACUGUAGCAGUGAAAAUGUUGAAGGAGGGUCACACAGAUUCUGAACUCAUGGACUUGGUAUCAGAGAUGGAAAUGAUGAAGAUGAUUGGAACCCAUAUCAACAUCAUUAACUUGCUUGGUUGCUGUACACAAGACGGCCCUCUUUAUGUUGUUGUUGAGUAUGCAGCACAUGGUAAUCUUCGUGAUUAUCUUCGCAACAACAGGCCAUCUUCUGGCUAUGAACGAGCAAUUGGCCAAGAACCAGACACAAUUUCACAAAAAGAUUUGGUCAGCUUUGCGUAUCAAGUAGCACGGGGCAUGGAAUACUUGGCAUCAAGAAAGUGCAUCCACCGUGACCUUGCUGCGCGCAAUGUUCUAGUCAGUGAAGAUCGCAUCAUGAAAAUUGCAGACUUUGGUCUGGCACGAGACAUACACAGCCAGGAUUAUUACCGAAAGACAAGUGAAGGGAGACUGCCUGUUAAAUGGAUGGCUCCAGAGGCACUCUUCCACAGAGUUUAUACAUCACAGUCAGAUGUAUGGUCAUUUGGUAUCCUGUUAUGGGAGAUCAUGACACUGGGAGGAACACCCUACCCAGCAGUGCCAGGGGUUGAAAAGCUUUUCCAGCUGUUGCGAGAGGGACACAGAAUGGAAAAACCUUCAAAUUGUCCAAUUGAAAUUUACUUGCUCAUGAGGAAUUGUUGGAAAGGUCAGGCAAUGCAACGUCCAACUUUCAAGAAACUUGUUGAAGACCUCGACCAAAUUCUCACACUAUCUUCAACUGCUGAGUACCUAAACCUGUCUAUGCCUCACGUGGAUACACCACCUACCAGCUGUGAUUCAUCUCUCACAUCAGAUGCUCUCACACUACACUAAGAUGCUACUGCAUCAGCAUGUGUUGCUCACAUCACUGCUGAUCCCAGUAUGACAGCUGGUACAGUGCCUUCAUAGUAAUGAGAUUUAGCCUAAAUAAAGGUUAUAACCUAAAGUGAAAAAAAAGUGAAAAUACCACACAAAAUUGCCAUAUGGUCUAAAACAAUAAGCUGAAAAGGGAUAAUCAUAAGUCUUUAUACAGCAAUAGAUUUUGGCACUUACCUGUGGAGUAAAUUAAUUAUGAAAGUCACUAGAACUACAGUGUAUUUAGAAAUGUUUGAAUGGAAAUUUUCAAAUCAGAAUGCAAAAGUAGAUAUGUGCAUUUAUUUAAUCAUAUUUACUCAUUUUGAAAAGUGCUGUUAAUUUUGGUGUUAAGUGGUGAUUCAGGAAAGAUGCCACGUCUUGUGUGAAGAAGGAAACUAUGAACUGAACACUGAUCUGUGUCACAAAUGCAGUCACAAAGAGUGAUGAGGUGCUAUGAAUUCUAGUGAGGACUAGAUGGUGUGUGAUGAGAUGUGACAUGGCCGCCAGCCACUUCUGCUGGGGCAAGUUCUCGUACAUCACACAUCAAAAUAUUAAUAAUGAAGAGCAUAAUAAAUGUACGAAGAGAUUCCUAAGCAUUUUAUUUUUAUCAGUAUUUAUGUUUGUGUGAUCUGUAAAUCUGUAAUUUGUAGAUUUAUAUAAAGGAGAUGUUUGUGUACUUAAGUUGUUUGUUAGUAACUUCAUUGUACAAGAUAUUAUUGUGCAUACAGUAUGUCUUAAUGUACCAUUUAAUUAUUGUGGGUGCCAUAUUUGGUGAAAACUAUUUCCUAGUUAUUUUGCAGCACAAUGAAAGUUGCAUAAAUGUUGUAAAUUUAGUCACUUGGAGAAAUACACAAAAAUUUAGUGCCAUGUGAAUGAGAGUUAUUAUGAUAGAUUCUUUUUACAGACAUGAUGUAUGUAAGGAAUGGUUGCAGUUUUCUCAGGGUUUAUCACAUUAUAAUAUGAGAUUAGAAUGUAGUAUCCCUUCCACGGUGUUGGGAGUGGAAUAAGAGGCAGCCAUAGUGGAAGGUAGUAUCCCUCCCACGGUGCUGGGAGUGGAGUAAGAGGCAGCCAUAGUGGAAGGUAGUAUCCCUCCCACGGUGCUGGGAGUGGAGUAAGAGGCAGCCAUAGUGGAAGGUAGUAUCCCUCCCACAGUGCUGGGAGACAUAGCUUUAGAAGCUCACAGUUCCAAGAUGGCUUAGGUAUAGGGGGAGUACCAGACUUGCAUUUAAAAUUGUACAAGCUUACAGUUUGUAGUACAGUACCAGUAAUGUUUUCAGGGAUAAGAUA